UGGCUACGAUACAAACAGUGAUGGAAAACACAUGAGCAGUAACAAGUUUUAAUCUCGCUUCUCAGUACUAACAUGGGCUAAUCUGUGGAAGCAGCUUAUUCCAGUGUCACCCAGGGUGCAGCCACACCAGGCUCUGCAGAAGGGUGUUUUUCUUUUAAAUGUAAUACCUUCUCAUAUUUUCUUCUUAAAUAGUAGCUGAGAACAUUUACGUUAUAGAUAAGUAGUACAUGGUGGAAAAUUCUACUUUCAAGAGAACUUACUCUCUUCUUACAAGAGUAAAUGGUGCUAGCCCUCAAGAAAUUGUGGCUCCAGACUAUUUUGAAGUUCUAGAUUGGUCCCCUACACAGGACGACAUGAAGGAGUAUGUGCUCCUAGUGUUCUUGACUUUGUGCUCUGCCCAACCCUUAUUUCACUCUUCGUACCUGACACUGAAGAAUAUGAUGCUGAAGGACAUGGAAGACGAAGGUGAUGGUGAUGCUGACAACUCUCUUUUUCCAACAAGAGAGCCAAUUAACCCCUUCUUCCCAUUCGAUCUGUUUCCAACAUGUCCAUUUGGAUGCCAAUGCUACUCGAGAGUUGUACACUGUUCUGAUCUAGGUUUGUCCUCUGUCCCAAGCAAUAUUCCAUUUGAUACCCGAAUGGUUGACCUUCAAAACAAUAAAAUUAUGGAAAUCAAAGAAAAUGAUUUUAAAGGACUCAUCUCACUUUAUGCUUUGAUUCUGAACAACAACAAACUAACAAAGAUUCACCCCAAAGCCUUUCUAACCACAAAGAAGUUGCGAAGGCUAUAUCUGUCCCACAAUCAACUAAGUGAAAUACCACUUAAUCUUCCCAAAUCGUUAGCAGAACUCAGAAUUCAUGACAAUAAAGUUAAGAAAAUACAAAAGGAGACAUUCAAAGGAAUGAAUUCUUUACAUGUGCUAGAAAUGAGUGCAAACCCUCUUGAUAACAAUGGGAUUGAACCAGGGGCAUUUGAAGGGGUAACAGUGUUUCAUAUCAGAAUUGCAGAAGCAAAACUGACCUCAAUUCCUAAAGAACUACCUUCAACUUUACUGGAGCUACAUUUAGAUUAUAAUAAAAUUUCAACUGUGGAACUAGAGGAUUUUAAACGAUACAAAGAUCUGCAACGGCUGGGUCUAGGAAACAACAGAAUCACAGAUAUCGAAAAUGGAAGUCUUGCUAACAUACCACGUGUGAGAGAAAUACACUUGGAAAACAAUAAACUGAAAAAAAUCCCCUCAGGAUUACAAGAGUUGAAAUACCUCCAGAUAAUCUUCCUUCAUUCUAAUUCAAUUACGAAAGUGGGAGUGAAUGACUUCUGCCCAGCAGUGCCAAAGAUGAAGAAGUCUUUAUACAGUGCAAUAAGUUUAUUCAACAACCCAGUGAAGUAUUGGGAAGUACAACCUGCAACAUUUCGUUGUGUUUUGAGCAGAAUGAGUGUUCAGCUUGGGAACUUCAGAAAGUAAUAAUUAGUAAUUAGUGAUAUCCAUUUAAUGUAAAAUUCAAAAAUUGUUACAUUUGGAAUACUUGAACUCUGUUUAAAAUGGUGGUAUUAUGCACAUAAGCAAAAAAUCUAUUCCCAUGUGGUAAGUCCACUGACUUACUAUAUGACAAAAAAUUUCAACAGAAUUUUGCAAAAACUAUUGAUACAUCAGGAUUAAAGGAAAUAAGUAUCUGUUGCAGUUUCCUUUUACAUAUAAAUGAUUUUGCAUAAAUCUCAUGCUUGAAUGUUCUUUCUCAGUAACAAAAAAUAAGACAUUCAGUAUUUAACACUUUGUUAUCAAGUGCAUUUAAAAAAGAACUGUACUGUAAAUGGAAUGCUUGACUUAACAAACUUUGUGCUCUUUCAUCUGCUAUUAGAAAAAGAAAACUGGCAAAUACGGUUAUAUAAAAAGUAUGUUAUAUUAUCCUUAAAAACUUGGGUAUUACUGUAAUAUUUCUAAUAAUGUUGAAGUAUGGUUUGAUAUAAUCUUAUUCAAAUUCUCAUGCCUUAGAGCCUUACUGUCUUUAUGUUUAAAACUCCUUAUAAUAAAGCCUUCAGUAAGUGUUUAUUACCAACUCAACAGAUGCUAUUCAUAACAGCUUUUUUCAAGCUGUAACACAUGCUUUUCUUUUUAACUAUUAUUACCUGAUUAUAAAACCUCUAUAGAAAUGCAUAGUGAGUGUUUAUAUAAAAUCUCACACUUUUUAUUAUCAGUUAUUAUAAGCUUUUAAUAGUGUGUCAAUUGUUAGGUUAUAUAACACUGUCACCUCAAUGCUAAGGAAUAUUUUUGAGAUGUCCCUUUGUAAGACCUUCGUUGGAAGAGACUGGAUACUAUCAACUCUACACCAAACUGUCUCCUUAAAUAUGCACAAACUGGAUAACUCUGAAAAACACACCUGGUAUAACAGAAUAGGCAGAGCAUUAAACAGAAUGCACAGCUCUGUAUAAAAAUUAAGAGUACUUAUGUAUAUUUUUGUUGGUGUUCAACAUAAGUAAAACUA